AUGUCCCCAGCUGCCUCCACUGACAAGAAACAAUCUGGUAUAGCCAGAGUAUUGGGCUCGGCAUCAGCCGGAAUCUGUGAGAUUGCUGUCUUCCACCCAGUUGACACUAUCUCCAAGAGAUUGAUGUCUAACCACGGAAAAGUCACUUCAGCAGCUCAGUUGAACACCGUCAUUUUUAGAGAACACGCCGAAAAGGCUUUGGGUAAGCGUCUUUUUACCUUGUUCCCAGGUUUGGGUUAUGCUGCUUGCUACAAGAUCUUGCAAAGAGUCUACAAGUACGGUGGUCAGCCUUUUGCUAACGAGUUCUUGACGAAGAACUUCAAGGACUCUUACGACUCGUGGUUCGGACCAAAAACCGGUAAAGCAUUGAUGUCUGCCACCGCUGGUUCCUUGAUUGGUAUCGGUGAAGUCGUCUUGUUGCCAUUGGAUGUGUUGAAAAUCAAGCGUCAAACAAACCCAGAAUCCUUCCGUGGAAGAGGUUUCCUCAAGAUCUUGUCUGACGAAGGUUUCGGCUUGUACCGAGGCUGGGGUUGGACUGCUGCCAGAAACGCUCCUGGUUCGUUUGCCUUGUUCGGUGGUAAUUCGUUUGCUAAGGAAUACAUCUUUGGCUUGAAGGAUUACAACUCGGCUACCUGGUCACAAAACUUUGUCACUUCCAUUUUUGGUGCUUCCGCUUCUUUAAUUGUCUCAGCUCCUUUGGAUGUCAUCAAGACCAGAAUCCAAAACCGUAAUUUCGACAAUCCUGAAUCCGGUUUCACAAUCUUGAAGAACAUGGCCAAGAAAGAGGGCCUCUCCGCUUUCUUCAAGGGUUUGACUCCUAAGUUGUUGACCACUGGUCCUAAGUUAGUCUUCUCCUUUGCAUUGGCGCAAUCGUUGAUCCCAGCCUUCGACAAGUUGAUCAAGUAG